AUGUCGCGUUGGCUGAGAGCUUUUUCGACUACAACGUCGUUGUUCAAUUCCACAAUGGCUUCUCGCCAGCACUCGUUCGAGGUGUUCCGCGAUGUAGCCCCCCUCCGAAAGAUGCGCCGACAACUACUGCUGUCGAACAGGACUGUAGGCCUUGUUCCCACAAUGGGAGCUCUGCACGAAGGUCAUCUCUCGUUGAUGCGACAGGCAGCGGCAGAGAACACCGAUGUCUUUGUCAGUAUCUACGUUAACCCAACUCAAUUCGGAGUCAAUGAAGAUCUAGCGAGCUACCCUCGUACAUGGGACAGUGAUGUGGCAAAACUUGAACAAUUGAACGAAGAAUUGACUAGUCAAGGAGAGAAGUAUGGUCGUGUCACGGCUAUCCUAGCGCCUACGUCCAAGGUCAUGUACCCUACAUUGCCGCCAUCAUCCGAGGUAGACGGUGACGGUUCAUUCGUCACAAUCACGCCCAUUUCAAAGAAGCUCGAAGGUGCUUCCCGUCCCGUCUUCUUUCGCGGAGUUGCCACGGUUUGCAUGAAGCUCUUCAAUAUUGUCUGCGCCGAUCGCGCAUACUUUGGGCAGAAAGACGUUCAACAAACAGUCGUUAUCAAGCGGAUGGUGAAGGACUUCCAUAUCCCUACGGAGAUCAAGAUUGGCGCUACAGUCCGCGAACAGGAUGGACUAGCAAUGAGUUCGAGGAAUGUUUACCUGGGGUCGAGAAGACGUACCGUUGGUCUUGUUCUCUUCAACGCCUUGAAAGCAGCUGAAGACGCAUACCUCUCUGGCAAAACCAACCGAAACGAGAUUUUGGAUGCCGCCAAUCGGAUGACACAGAAGGUACUCGGCGAGCAGCAGGCAUUGAAGCCCUCAGAAAGGGCGCUUUACGAGGUUGAUUAUAUCUCGCUCGCGGAUCCUGACACUUUGGAUGAAUUGGAGGUUGUUGAUCCCUCGAGAGGUGCCAUCUUGAGUGGUGCAAUCAAAAUGGCGCCUCUAGAGGUGUCAAAUCCCGGUGAAGAUUGUGGUCUUGGUGAUGGGAAGGUACCUGUACGGCUGAUUGACAAUCUGAUCUUGACACCCCGGGUUUGA